AUUGCGACGCUUUUGUUUUGUUUUGGUUUUGACUUUUUAGUUGGACUGUGAGGGCGACAUGCGGCCGGCUGGGACCGGGACAAGCACCAGAAACCAAAGCCGAAUACGGAAUAAACGGGGGGGAAACUGACCGGUGAUGGACGAUGACGCUCCGAUUCAUCACAAAAAGCCGACUUUCACCGACGACAAGAUGAAAGCGUCCAGCGACCCGCCGGCCGGAAGUAGCAAAGUUGAAUUGUCGCUGCGGAAUUUGGACAGACGCCGUGCGAGCAAGGUGAACUUAUCUCGGGCCGAGGAAGAAGAAGAGAAAGAAGACGAGGAUGCGGAGGACAACAACAACAACAAUUGCAACGGCGCGGCCAGGGGGGCGGGCAUCGUGGAGCUCCUUAGGGAGAGUCUGCUGGCGUGGACGUCUCCUCUUGACCGCACCGGCACAGACGGUCGGAUGCCGGGCGGCUCCGAGGGAGUCCUCGGUGACGCAACCGCCGCUUGCGACGUCUCAAGCCGCUACGAAGGCGAGCAGGAGCCGCACGGGAAACAGGGACACGCCGGAGUAGAAAACGAGCCUUCCUCUGCUGCUGUAACCUCUUCGAGCACUCGAGGGUUUGAUCUAGUUUCACUUUUAGAUCGAAGUGGGAAUAAUAUCAGCGUGGGUGACUCUUCCAGCGUCACGGAGCACGUCUAUUGCGCCGUCUACUGCAUAGCUAACGACAGCGACGUUGCUGUUUUCGAACACCCAGACGACACGAUCAUUACAGCCGAACAAGACGCUGAUAGUUCUGGGAACGAACUUGUUCUGCACACCACUGAGGACCUGGUGGACCCCUUGCGUGGAGCCGUCCGGCGGCUGUCAUCACUGCAGACGGGUGCCCACGCAGCCCAAGCACAGCCGUGUCGGGUGUGCCUGGAGGAGAAAACAAUCGCACCCUUGCCCUGCUGCAGGAAGCCGGUGUGUGAUGACUGCUUGACCGUGUACGUCCGCUCCCAGGUGCAAGAGGCCAAGACUUCCAUCCGCUGCCCUAUCUCAGAGUGCAGCGGCCUGCUGGAGGACGCCCUGGUGGUGUCCCUCCUGGACAAAGAGGACGUGCUCAGGUAUCGCUACUUCAAGGAGCUAAGUCAGCUGGAUUCCAGCACCAAGCCCUGCCCGCGCUGCAAACACUUUACCUCGCUCACGGUGCCCAGCCCCAUCCGCUCUGAGCACAAGUACAAGAUCAAGUGCAGCAACUGCCAGUUUGUGUGGUGCUUCAGGUGUCACGCGCCCUGGCACCACAGAGUCAAAUGCCGCGACUACCGCAAAGGCGACACGCUGCUGAAAAAAUGGGCGAGCGCCAUCGAGCGCGGCCAAAGAAACGCCCAGAAGUGUCCUAAGUGCAAGGUCCACAUACAACGCACGGAGGGAUGUGAUCACAUGAUAUGUGGGCAGUGCUACACUAAUUUCUGCUACCGCUGCGGCGAGCGAUUCCAUCGACUCAAGUUUUUCGGGGAUCACUCCUCCAACCUCAGCGUGUUCGGCUGCAAAUAUGGAUAUCUGCCCAAUAAGCCACAUCUACGGCGGCUAAUAAGAGGAUCCAUCUGCGGCUUGAAGGUGCUGGUCGCUCCAGUGGUCAUCUCACUGGUCCUGGUCUUUGGCGCUCUGGCACUGGUCAUAGGUGUGAUAGGGUUUCCCAUCUACUAUGUGUGCAAGAAGAGGAAGAAGCAGCGCUUUACAGCUAUAUCUUUUUCGACGGCCUGACGUUGGGUGCACCACAGGAGCAUCUCUUCAGGGUCAUCCAAGUUACCUGGACCACCACUCACAAACAAGACCAGGAAUGGCCUCACUACAGGAUAUUGCACUUUUGCACUUUUUUUUUUUUUUCCAAAUCCACGCUUGACAUUCAUUUAAGCAAACUGAGGAGAAGCAAGUUUGUUGCCACCUGCACGAUUGAUCUACGAUUGGCUGACAUUUGGAUGAGGUGGGAAUGUGUUGACAAGAAAUGAGCGCCCUGGAGAGAAGACUGGAGGUAUGAUAAAGAACAAAAAUAUCCACAUAAUAGUGAACAGUAAUUUAUGCAACAGUUGAAACUAUGUGUGAGUGUGCAUGUCCACACCCUGCAUGUCAGCACGUGUGCAGCAUCAUCAAAAACAAACCCAAGGUGUCGGCCUGUCGCGUUGUGCCAAAACAAACCUGCCUAAAUGUUUUGCGCUAAAUCUGCUCCCGCUUUACUUUUCCUUAUCUGUGGCAGGAUGCUCAUGUCCAAAUGUCUUUUCUUAUUGCCAAAGAUUGCUGGAAGCUUUUGACCUUCCCUAUCAAGCCACACACUUUUUCACAUUCUAGUAACAUAAAAGACGUCAUGCUUGUAUCGCUGAACACGCCAUUGUCCUCAAACAUGAAAAUCCACCGCUCUAUAUUUGGAAACGCAGGUGUGAAAUACGGAGGAAACAAAUUCCACCUGUAUUCACUAUUGACUUCCGUGUAGAAAAGGCUAAUGUGCCCAAGAAUAUGAGGGCCACACUGGAAAAAAAGCUAUAAAAAUGUUGUUCCCGCAAAGUAAAGACGAUAUUUUAUGAUUUUUAUUAAAUCAGCGCUGCAAAGUGGUGAAAGAGACACUAUACAAAGGAAACUAAUCGGAAAAUAAUGACAAAAUGUUCGAAUUAAGUGGAGAUAUUAUGAGAAAUUACAAAAUUGCUAGAAAAAAAGUAAUGUUACCCAAAAAAUUGAUUACAGUGUUGAAACUAAUUAUUGAUAUUGCAAUAAUGAAGUUGUAAUGCAAUGAAUAGGUUGUAUAGUCUUAAUGUUACGGGAAUAAAGGUUUGUUGCAAGAAUAAAGUCCUGAUAUUACAAGAGUAAAAGUUGGUUACGUUGGAAAAAAGAAUGUGACAAAUGUGACAAAAGUUGCAUUGUGAAGAAUUAAGUUGCAAUACAAAGAAUACGUUUGGAUGCUGAUAAAAUAGUUUAAUGUUAAAUGUGUCGUAUUAUGAUUUUUUUUUCUCCAUUUAAAACACUUCCAAGUGUUCUACAUAACAUGUAAUAGUGUUUCUUUGGUCAAAAUCCUGCAUUGAUUAUGUUUUACGGACGGUUUUCAAGCCUCUUUCUCUUCAAGAUGCGCCAUUUGUAAUGUCAUUGACAUUUGUGGGACAAAUCAGAGCGAAGUUGGUAGAGUGGCCGUGCCAGCAAUCGGAGGGUUGCUGGUUACUGGGGUUCAAUCCCCACCUUCUACCAUCCUAGUCACGUCCGUUAUGUCCUUGGGCAAGACACUUCACCCCUUGCUCCUGAUGGCUGCUGGUUAGCGCCUUGCAUGGCAGCUCCCGCCAUCAGUGUGAAUGUGUGUGAAUGGGUGAAUGUAGAAAUACUGUCAAAGCGCUUUGAGUACCUUGAAGGUAGAAAAGCGCUAUAAAAGUAUAACCCAUUUUGUGGGUGGUCUUGUUUACGUGCCUCCACCUUGACUGCGUCUUCACCCCGCCAGCCAUGUUGUAGUUGUUAGCGCUUCCACAUGGAGUCUACUGACAGAUAUAAGUUAGAACUUCUACUUUGCAUUAGAAAUGGCAACAGCUGAGGAUGCAUGUGCAUGUACGAGCCAGUCUGCCCCACAACAUGAGGGUAGAGAAAAAGAAAGAACUUGUUGCAUAGCUCGUGCAUAGCUCUUCGGGUAAAUGUAUACCAUAUAUGAAUAUGUCCGCUGACGUGACCGGGGUUAAAAACGUCACAAAGUGGGCAAAUUCCAAACAGCUCGUUUAGAGGAAGUAUGAAGGAAGGCAAGAUUGUUUAAUACAAUUUAUCUUGUUUUAAAAUUUACGAGACUUAAGCAGAUCCCAAAUACACAAAAACAGAUACCAAUAGGUAAGAAAAGUUAAUUUUACAUAAUAUGGCCCCUUUAAGUAAAACAUUCGGGAGAAAUAUGUUAGAAAAAAGAUGCAAUCUUUUAAUAAAGUUGUAAUAGCUCAAAAAGUUCAAAUGUUAAAAUAGAUGUGUUAUCUUGCGAUAAUAUAGUCAGAAUGUUACAAAAGAGGUUGUGGUGUUACAAGAAUAUAGUCGUAAUAUUACGGGGGGAAAAAAGUUUGUUACAAAAUAGUCUUUUUUAUGAGAAAAAAAAGUUUGUAAUGAUGGAAUAAAGUUGUGAUGUUGCAAGAAUUAUUUUGUAAUACAAAGAAUAACUUGGAAUGUCAGAAAAAUAUUUAAUAAUUAAUAAUUAAUGUUAGGUCAAAUCAGGAAAAAUAUGUUGGAAUAAAAAGAUGCAAUAUUUGAAUAAAGUUGUAAUCUUACGAGAAUAAGGUUUAAAUAUUAAAAUGGAGUUGCAGUCUUGCGAUAAUAUAGUCAUUUUGUUACAAAAGAAGUUGUGUUACAAGAAUAUAGUCAUUAUAUUAGGAGGAAAAAAGGUGGUUGCAAGAAUAAAAUCCUGAUAUUCUAGUCCCGAUUUUUCGAGAGAAAAGUUGGUAACAAUGGAAAAAAGUUGUGAUACGGUCAAAUUUGACAAAAAUAAGUAAGUUGAGUUAAAAAAACAUUAAAUGAAAUAAUCGGUAAAAAUAAAUUUGAAUAAAAAGAUGCAGUCCUUCAAUAAACUUGGGAUGUUACGAGAAUAAAGUUAUAAUAUUCAGGGGGCGAAAAGUUGUAAUAGUUAAAGUUAAAAGUUAAAGUACCAAUGAUUGUCUCACACACACUAGGUGUGGUGAGAUUAUCCUCUGCAUUUGACCCAUCACCCUCAACCCCUGGGAGGUGAGGGAGCAGUGGGCCACACCCGGGAAUCAUUUUUGGUGAUUUAACCCCCAAUUCCAACCCUUGAUGCUGAGUGCCAAGCAGGGAGGUAAUGGCUCCCAUUUGUAUAGUCUUUGGUAUGACUCGGCCGGGGAUUGAACUCACAACCUACCCAUCUCAGGGUGGACACUCUUAACUACUAGGCUACUGAGCAGUAAAACUGAGUUGUGAUCGUUCAAUAAUAUAGUCAUAAUAUUUUCAUGAAAAAUAGUCCUAAUUUUAGGAGAUAAAGUUAUGAGAGUAUAAAGUCAAGGCAAAGUUAUCAAGUUACAAAAACAUUCUGACAUCACAAGAUUAAACAGUAUUUGUAAUAUUAUGAAUAAAAUGUUACAAGGAUGUGGUCACGUUACGAUUAAAGUUUGUCUACGCUCAUACUAUGACUUUAAUCUUAUAUCAUUUUUUGUUUAUCUUGUAAUUUUGUUUGAAAAAAUAAGACUAUACACAUCAUUUUUGUACAUUAUUCCCAUAAUUCCUGUUUUGUUGAUAUUAGUUUAAUUUCCCGUGUGGCCCUCAUGCUGUUUAUCAGACCUUUUUUUUUUAUAUAGGAAUAAGUUCAGUGUCAUGUCAAUUUGAAGGCUGCUGGUUUCUAUUGGCUAGACGUUACCUUUGACCUAUUUUAGUUACAUAAUGUUUCAAGUGUGCCUUAUAGCCCCCAACACUGAUGCAAGGCAUCAAUUUGUUGAUCAUGUGACACCAAGACACCAUUAUUAAAUAUAGGGUUAAUAUUGGCUAUUAUUCACUUCACAGGGUAAAUAUUAAUAUUCACAGCAUUCAGUUGUGCUGAAUCUAUUAACACCAUCCAUGGUCCCAGCUGCAUCCCAAGUAUGUAUAAUUGUACUUUUGCACAUAUUAUUGACAUGCACGUUACAGGAACCUGGACACUUCCAAGUAGAUGAAUGUAGACGUACGCGAUUGUGGUCAGGAUACUGCACUUUGGACACUUUCUUCCUCUAAUUCGGGGUGUGCUGAAGAGUGUUUGAAAUGUGGAUGGAGAACAAAUAAAGUGAAGUUUGUCACUCGUUUUGUUUACA